CUCGUCGUUUCCGAACCGAGAAAUGCGAACGGGAGGAGGAUGCUCCGCCCGACGACUUCCCCCUGCUCACUUCGAUCGCGCAGCGCCGACCGUAAGUAAUCCACGCUCGCUUUUCUCCAGUUAAUCCUCCGCUCGCCGAAUUCAUCUCUCGCCUAGACCAGAGCGUCCUUUCCGGUUCGUCCGUCGCGCCGCCCCUCGGGGAUGAUGGAACAAAGGCGCGAUUUUGAUGGCGAAAACGGAACCAGCAGGCGCACCAGGGCAAAGGGUAUCGCCCAAAGCGAGCCAGGAGUGGACAGGAUCAGGGCCUUGCCGGAUUCCAUCCUGAUCCGCAUCCUCUCGCUUCUGCCCGCCAGGGACGCCGCCAGGACCCUCGUCAUCCCCAGCUUCGGCCGCCUCUGGACUUCGAUCUACGACCUGGACUUCGACUGGUUCGUGUACCACGACUGCUCCGGCAAUUCGUCCUGGCACUGCUGCAGCUACGACGAGGGCGCCCUGUCGAGGUUCGCGGAGCUCGUCCGCCGCGUGCUCGCGCUCCACCAGGGCGGCCGGAUUCGUAAAUUCCGCCUUCGUUUCGAGUUCUCGAUAGAUCGCCAGUUGGACGAACUGAUGCCCCUGGAGCUGGAGCCCGAGGAGCUGGAGAUCAUGAUUAGGAACGGGGGAUUGGCCGGUGAGGUCAACCGUUGGAUCGAAUUCGCGGCGAGUAGGAAUGUUGAGGUCCUCGAUUUGGAUUUUCUGGCUUGCGGCUUGUCAAAUGUGGGAUAUAAGUAUGAAUUGCCGAGUUUUGUUCUUCAGAGCAGCUUCUUGACUGAAUUGAAGUUGGUCAGCUGCAAGGUGAAUUUAUCUGCUGAUAUUGUCAUGAGGGCGCUUAAGGUGUUGUGUCUUAAGGAAAUCGCUUUGAGUGAUGAUUCGAUCAAGAACUUCAUAGACGGGUGUCCGGUGCUCGAGAGUUUGACUGUACUGGAUUGUUACGGCCUGUGCGAGCUAAAUUGUGGUUCCCAGGAACUUAGGAGCGUGACGGUCGCUCCGGGUAUUCUUGAGGAGUCGAGAGUUAAAGUCGCCUGUCCAAAUAUCAAAUCACUAAGCAUCUCUGGAUGGAUCGAGCGUCUGGAACUAGAGAGCCUAUCGUCUCUACGAGAUGCAUCCAUCGAUUUCUGUGAUUGUUUCUUAUGUGUACCUGAUGAAUAUUGUGAGGUCCAAAAGAUUCUGGAGGAGCUCCAUCAUGUGAGAGUGCUCACAAUGCAUCAUCACCCAAUUCUGGUUCUCACGGUAUGGGAGUUGAUGAACUUGCCUUGCCCAUCCAACAGUUGGCAGCGCUUGAUUCUUAGGACAAUGCUGACCAAAUGGCACCUCCCCGGAAUUGCCAAUGUAUUGAGAAGCUCCCCUAGCUUGGAAGUGCUAGUUAUACACAUCAUCCCAGGCGAAGUGCCUUCCAUUGAUGCCCAAGAAGCAUGGCUGCAAUUGUACAAGAUUUGCGAGGGCAACUACUGGGAUUUACAAGAUCGCUCUUUUGGAUGUCUUGCAAACUGCCUCAGAAUUGUCAGAGUGUCUGGCGACAUAAUGAAGGAUCAUGUGAUUCAAUUAGUGCAGUUUUUACUCCGUGAGGCAUUAGUUUUGCAGAAGCUUGUGGUCUCUACAGGGCCGAAUGAUUCUUCUAUUUCAGUCAAGGAGUCGAAGGAAUUUUCCGACAAGUUGUUGAGUUUUCCCAGAGGUUCUCCUCAAGCUGUAGUUGUGUUUUCUAAUGCAUGACGUUCUUUCCCUGAAUCCUAAGUUUUAAUCCCGAGGUAAUAAGAAGUGGCACCUAGUACCGCAGGGUUGAUUGUGUUACAAUCCUGAUCGACCAGAUUUUGUGAUUGUGAAGCAUACCUCAUCAAGAUUUCUCUAGUGUUAACUUUUUGGGUUUCGCUGCUCUUCCUUCUGAUUUCUUUUUCUCUCUGGCAACGGGUGUUACCUUUUGAAGAUGCAUUGACAUCAUCGGGAUCGCCUGAAGAGGAGGCUGCUUGUAGAAACUGUUUCUCUGUCAAUAUAUGCUUGGCAGGCCAAUUUGUUUUUGAAGCGGGGGAUUUUGGAGCGACCUCCUUUGUCAUUGUAGGUGUAUUCAAUAUCUUGAACUCACUCACAAAAACAUGAAUGUAAAUAAAUUUGGUCCAAUAUAUUACAUUUACAUCCAAUA